CAUGCAUGGCAUGGUGGUUGUUUUGAUUUGAUUUGUUUACUUGUGAAUUUGAGAGUGGAUUUUUGUUUUAAGAUAAAAAGUGAUAAGAUAAUUUUUGUCGGUUUUGUCACCAAUUGAUAACUCACGACAAGAUGGAGAAAGAUGUAAAGUCUUUGUUGUCUAUUAAGGUGCUUCGUCUCGUGAAACCGGCCAUGAUUGGACCACUCCCACUCACCUGUGAUAGUCGUGAUCUUGUCAGCGACUUGUGGGAGAGAGAAUUGAGGAUGGAUGUCACAGCCACGCCGGGCAUUGAAAAUUUGUCUCUCGGUCAAUUUCUUCGACUUCCGCAAGGAUUUGGAAAUAUGUACCUCGGAGAAACGUUUACUUGUUACGUUGUGAUUCAAAACGAAAGUCCCGUUGGUGUUACGAAUGUUUCCGUGAGGGUCGAUUUGCAAACCACAACCCAAAAGUUUACACUUACCGAGAAUCGGACAAUGUCUUUGAUGAAAACUGGAGAUACUAUUGACCUUAUCAUGAAUCAUGAAAUUAAAGAGAUGGGAAAGCACAUGCUCAUUUGUACCUUAACGUAUUCAGUUCCUAGCUCUGCGCCUACUUCCGAACCCAUUUUUGUGGAAAGAUUCUUCAAGUUUCAAGUUAAAAAACCUCUCGAUGUCAAAACUAAGCUGUACAAUGCUGAGGCUGACGAAGUAUUUUUAGAAGCUCAAGUCCAGAACAUUACCGCAAUGCCGCUCUGCUUAGAAAAAGUCGACUUGGAACCUUCCUCCGGCUUCAAUUGCAUAUCCAUGAACGGAACGUCGGAAAAAGACCUUCUCAUCAGGACACGGAUGGAUAUCCAGCAGAGUACAAACUUUAAGCAAAAGUGGCCCAAUUUGCUGCUCGAUGUGGAAGGGUCACAACAAUUUCUGUACAGACUGAUUCCGAAAGCGGACAACGCCAGGACAAUGACGAACAUUGGGAAGUUGGACAUUGUAUGGAAAACGUCCAUGGGUUCGCAUGGUCGCCUGCAGACGUCACAGUUGCAAAGACAAAUCACGGUGCUCAAUGACUUGAGAUUAAUCGUCGAAAAAGUACCGGACACGUCUCUUGUUGAUAAACCGUUUGAUACGCAAUGUAGAAUUGUCAACACGACUUCAGACCGUGAUAUGGACCUGCGUCUCGAACUGGAUCCCGCAAUCGAGGGGUACAUCUGGGUCGGCGUGACCAAAACGAACCUUGGGAUACUCGCUCCCACCAACCAAUUAAAUUUAACCGUCAGCAUAUUCCCGUUUCGAACUGGAUUAAUCAACGUUUCUGGAAUACGACUCGUCGACUUGAACCGAGGAGAAAAGUUUUGUUUUAAUGACUUAACCCAAGUAUUAGUAUUGCAAAAAUAAGCAAAUUGUAUGGAUUCCAAUUUCAAAUAAUAAUUUAGAUAUUUAUUUAUUUAGUAAGCCGUACUGAUAAGAUAACAACUACAAUUAAGUAAAUUCCGUGCUAAGUAUAGGUGCAAAAAAGUGCAAGUUUUAUGGCUAUUUUUUGACUACUAAAUAACAUAAAGGUCGAGCUUGCUCCAAAUUAAGUUGAAGAUUAAUUAAGACUAAGGUUCAGAGGUUGGCAACAUAUUUUGUGAAAAUACAGUAAUUUUGAGCCCCGUUCUUUCCAGGGUUUGGAUUUCCGGAAGUGUUACACCCACAAAAAGCUGAACAUCUACGUGGAGAAGGCAAAAUUCAUACGAAAACACACGUUUUGUGAAGAAAUUAACUUUUUAUCACUGUCAAAAAACAUUGCUUUAACUAAUUUCUUUUAAGUAAACUAGUUUAACAGCGAUAAAGCGUUAAUUUCUUCAAAAAACCUAUAUUUUCGUAAAACUCUUGUAUUCUGUACGUAAAUUCUCGUCUUUUUUGUGAGUGCAACACCCCCGGAAAUGUAAACCCUGGGAAGAACCGAGCUCAAAAUACUCUAUUUUCACAAAGUAUUUUACCCACCCUGCUAAUUCUACCUCUUCAGCUAAAUGCAUCCAGAAAUCCGGUCGGUGGGAUGAAGAAACGUGAUUUUUUAUAAUAAUACUUAAACAGAAUUGUACUUUGAUUUUCAAGUGUAGGCAAAGAAGCAGAAAGGAUGAUGAAGAAGACGAAGAUCAAGAACCAUGCAAAUCAAGAUCAUCGAUUUGUCAUUCUUUACAACACAAUGCAAUGUGGCUUAUCUCUAUAAGGGUUGUUUUUGGGUGAAUGAAAUCCAGUAACUAGCGAAUCAUCGCGCUGAUGUUCCACCACAUAUUUCUGAAAACAUGCAACAUGCCAAUUAGCUUUUUACUCAAAAAAUUAAAUUAAAAACAGAAAAUCGGAACUAAGAAUAAUAAUAUUAAUUAAAU